GGAUACACUGCCGCUGCUGUCCUGCUCCCGCUCUCCUCCGUGUCCAGCAUGGACCUCACAACCUUCUACUUCCUCACGACCGCACUGGCUCUAAUCCUGGAACAAGAAGCCUACGCCGCCUCCAUCUCCGCUCCGAUUCCUGGUGCAGAGAGGGAGCCAAAGGUGCAGCCCCCACCUGCCCCUCGGCGUCGGAUGAAGCGAUGCUCCUGCGAGAACCUCAAAGACAUUGAAUGUGUCUACUUCUGCCACAUAGGCAUAGUGUGGGUGAACACACCCGGACAGGUGGUGCCGUACGGAGUGGGGUCGCUUCCUGUACGACUGAGAAGGUCCUCGGGUCGGUGUGUCUGCACGGGCGAUGCCGAUGAUGACACCGAGUGCCUUUAUUUCUGCUCAGCAGAGCAUCGGAGCACAGGGCCAGCGGCAGCGAGGGGAGCGAACGCCAGCGAGCCGAGAGAACGGCGCAGCGCUGGGCACGUGGGGAGGAAAAACAGGCCCCACAUGGCAGCGUCCAAGACGUGAGAGCGGCUGGAGGAGAAGGAAGCCCUCGUGAGGGUCGCUGCAGAACACGCCCGUACAGCCGAGGUUCACGUCCUCUACGUAUUUACGAGCGUGAUAGUCGGCCGUACGUUACGUUUUGUCAUUAUUUGUGAAAUGAUCAGAAAUUUUUAUUUACAAGACACAAGUGGAAUCGGGGAAGGAGUGAGGGACUGAGGAGGGACCGAGCUCGUGUUUUUAACUGGGCAACAUUUUCCGAAUGGCUUUUCAUAUUGCAUUUCAAAAUUUUAAUUUCACUUGGGCUUCAGGUGCUA